AAAAAAAAAAAUACAGAGUUCACUGUUUUUCAAAGAAUUUUCUCUUUUCAAUACGUUCAAGCUGGCGAUUGUAAAUCAAGAAUCCUACGUCCGUGAAAUCAAGCCCAAGAACAGAAGAAUCAUGGGGCCUGAUGAAGAAGACAACAACAAGUGGCCGCCAUGGCUGAAACCUUUGUUGAGAGAACAAUUCUUCGUUCAAUGCAAGCUUCAUGUCGACUCCCAUAAAAGUGAAUGCAAUAUGUACUGUUUAGAUUGCAUAAAUGGCGCUCUCUGCUCCUUUUGCCUCGCUUAUCACAAGGAUCAUCGUUAUAUUCAGAUAAGGAGAUCUUCGUACCAUGAUGUAAUACGGGUAUCUGAGAUUCAAAAGUAUUUAGACAUAUCUGGGAUUCAAACCUAUGUAAUCAACAGUGCUAAGGUUGUUUUCAUAAACGAAAGGCCACAACCCAGGCCUGGAAAAGGUGUAAUCAACACCUGUGAAGUCUGCGAUCGUAGCCUUGUCGACUCGUUCCGGUUUUGCUCUCUCGGUUGCAAGCUUGUUGGCACAUCAAAGAAUUCCCAGAAGAAGAGGCAAAUGAGAAUGGAAUCGCACUCCGAGGAUUCAUUCAGCAGCAGCCAUGGAAAGAUGAAGAAGAAGAAGGACAAAGCGCAAAGCUUUAGUCCUCCGACGCCGCCUCCGAUAUCGGUUAAUCACCGGAGUGCAAAACGGAGAAAAGGGAUUCCCCAUAGAGCUCCAAUGGCAGGUCUAAUAAUAGAAUAUUAGUUCCUUUGUAUAUAGAAGCUGCAAAAAGAUGGAAAAUACAGGUGGAAAGUGAUGCAAGGGAAUUAUCAAGUAGCGGAAAAA